AUGAUUUGGGUAAUUUCUUACAUUGGUGUUGUGCUAUUCUUGGUACUCAUGUACAAAUAUCUUACCCGUAACUACAAUCACUGGAAUAUCCGAAAGAUACCAACAGCUAGAGGAGCAGUACUAGGAUUCGGUCACAUGCUGGAUGUUAUGAUGUUGAAAAAAAACUUGUUUACUUUAUUACAAGAAACUUACAAAGCCUAUCUCGAUGUUAGUAUGGUGGGACUGUUUGAUUUUGACCAACCAGCCUUAUUAAUCAGAGACCCGGAGCUGGUGAAGACAGUGAUACAGACAGAAUUUGCAAGUUUCAGCAACCACAUGACUGUGAAUACUCUUGCGGAUCCUCUGUUGAAGAUGGAUCCGGCCUUCGUGAACGGUGAGAAGUGGAAACACAUUCGUGGGCUGUUCUCAAAAGCCUUUUCGGCUAAGAAUUUAAAGUUCAUCUCACUGGUAGCCAAGUAUGAAUGUGAUAAAUUAGUUGAAUUCAUUGACAAAAAGUUUGACAAAGAGAGCGUAGUUGAUGUUAAUGCCAAACAUCUGUUUUCUAAUUUCACGGCUCAGGUAGCAGCCCAUAUGAUUUUCAAUGUCGAUGGAGAAGCAUUCAAUGAUUUUCACUUACCGGAAUCGUUUCGCACAAUGAUGGAUGCUAUGUUCGAAACUAACGUUAUCACUGGGAUCAAACAGAACAUUUUCUUUUCUCUGCCAUUGGUAGGCAAGCUUUUGAAUAUAGGCUUCGCUCCUUCAUGGGUGAACGUAACAUUUAUAAAAGUGGUCAACGAGAUACGAGAGUUAAGAAAGAGUUUAAAUUUUAAAAAAUAUGACAUUUUGCAACAAAUUAUCGAUUAUGAAGCUAACAACAAGUAUGGUGACGUGGUUGCGUGUUGCGCCUUUCUGUUCUUCAUCGAAGGUUAUGAAACUUCUAGUCUAACUCUAAGUUCAAUAGCUUACUUACUAUCCAAGUAUCCGAAAUUUCAGACUAAAGCAAAAAAAGAAGUUGAUAGAAUGAUGGAUAAAUAUCAGAGUGGUAUUUGCUAUGAUGCCAUCAAUGAGAUGACUUACCUGGAUCAAAUAAUCCAAGAAGCAAUCAGAUUGUUCAGUCCCGUUGCAAGCAUGCAGAAAAUAUGUACUAAGAGCAUCACUCUUCAGGGAGCUGAUGGUCUUGCUUGUGCUUUAGAUCCUGGAGAUGUGGUAUUAAUCUCGCCGGUGGGAAUUCAUCGAGAUGAGAAGUAUUGGCAGAAUCCAAAUGAGUUCAAUUCUGAUCGAUUUGCUAAGGGAUCUGAAGGGUACCGCAAACAUAUGUACUUGGGAUUCGGGGAAGGCCCACGGAAGUGCCCUGGUAAGCGUUUGGCUUUUGUUCAAGUGAAAGCUGCGAUGGCGAUUAUCUUGAAGAACUACGUCAUCGAAGUUUCUUCUCGGACGGUUGAACCGGUGAAGAUAGAGCCAAAAUAUUUUUUGACUACUGCGCAAGGUGGCUUCUGGAUUAAAUUACGACGUUUGGCCUGUAGUUGU